UUCCUGCUCAACUUUAAAUCGAAGUGGUAGUCAGGCGUUGUUUAAUUAUACCCUACCUAUUAAAUAGGCAACAGAAAAUGAGAAACGUUGAAAUUAAAGGGAAAAUAAGAGACUACGAUAAGAUCUGUAAAGUCGCAGAAGAAUUAAGUGGUGGUCCGCCAACAUUAAUCAAGCAGAAUGACAUAUUUUACAAAGUUAACAACGGUAGAUUAAAAAUGAGAUUUUAUGCGGACUCCGCUGCCACCCUAGUGCGAUAUGAUAGAAGUAAAGAAAAGGGCCCGAAAUUAGCGAAUUACGAAUUAUUACAAUUUACCACUGCAGAAUACGAGAAGGCUAAACUUUUGGAUGAUAUGUUGAAGAAAUGCUUGGGAGCGCAAGGCCGUGUUGUGAAAGAACGAAAACUGUACAUGGUUGGCCAGACACGUAUACACAUAGACACAGUUAAAGACCUAGGACACUUUAUGGAGCUAGAAGUAGUAUUAGCUCCGGAACAGACAGUUGAAGAUGGUCAGAAGAUCGCUUCCGAACUCCAAAAAAAGCUUGGUGUACAGAAUGAGGAUCUAAUUGAUAAUGCUUAUGUUGAUAUGUUACUGAAGGAAUAAUGUCUUGCAAAUCUUUCUACAUCAAUUAAAAAUUGUAAAUCGUAGUUUCAUAUUAGCAAUAAUGACACUUUUUCAGUGAGCUGAAACACUAAUACAUUUGGAAGGUGUUAAACUAGUUCCUUGAUAAGGAAUUAAUACCCAUUUUUUUUCUGUCAGGGUAGACAGUUUGUAUACAGAGUACCUGACAAUCAGUGGUCACCGUCGCAUAUGGAUGUCAGCAAUUUCUAACAAACUAAGAUGGCAUGUAAAACAGUGGCAGUCCUCAAUGGAGUAAAGACCUACAUGUUGAGUCAAAAUAUACGUUUUAUCGUUGUGUAGAGUACUGCUCCCAUCUCUAGGCUGGAGAUCCCUAUCAGCUAUUUUUUAAUACGCUUUUAUUAGCUUCAGACAUAUGUAUGUUUGUAAUGGAAUCUUUGAACAUGAUUUGCUUUUCAGGAU